AUGUCUGCGACCCAUCGGAGCUGGAACGUGGAGGAGGUGUGCACGGCAAUCAGGACGGCGUUCCCAGGAGUUCCACCAGAGAGGCUCACGCAGACGGCGUUCGCGGUGGAAGAGGAGCACGGGGACACCGAGGUCGGCCCGCCGCCGGAGCACUACGCGGAGGAGAGCGUGGAGGACGACAUCACGGACGAGAUCGACGCGAUCGUCCAGGCGGCGGAGCCGAUCGAUGAGGCGGACGCGGUGGAGAUCCUGGCGACGUGGAAGCAGACACGCACGGCGAUGACCAAGGAGAAGUUGGACCGCGGGCUCAGGCCUCAGUGGAAGGCCCGACCAGGACAAGGAGGUCAUGGUGGACCGACCCGGCACGACCUCGACAAGCUCGGCCGUAGGGUGAAGUGUUUUCGGUGCAAGAAGAUCGGCCAUUUCAGCAGGGACUGCAAGGAGCCCCUCCCAGCCCACAGCUCGCAGAUGGUGUUCGUCGAGCCGAUGGAUGAGGAGGACCAGGAAGAAGCACGAGUUCAGGCAGUACUGGGAGCGGCUCAGGACGACGAGAUCAUCGACGGGGACCUGGACGACGAGAUCAAUAGCAUCCUGAAGGUCCACGAGGACAAUGUGCUGGCGAAGCUCAUCCAGCAGGAGCGCUGGAAGCGGCUGGCGCACGAGAUGAAGGAGCAGCAGGAGGACGAGUACGCGUCGGUCGAGAAGAGGGUCGCCGAGGAAGGGACGGUCCUGGGCGUGACUCACGCCGACGGCUGCCCCGUGCCAGACACGGGGUGCUGCAAGUCCCUGAUCGGCGAGGAGACGUUGACCAAGCACGAGGCGGCGACAGGCAAGAAGGCGAGGUGGUUGAAGGACGCCAAGCCGAUGCGGUUUCGCGGGUUCGACAAUAGCGUGCAGGAGUCGGUCGGUGCUGUGGAGCUGGACUGGGAGAUCAAGAACUUCAUCGUGACGUUCGUGGUGUAUGUGGUCCCGGGCUCUGCAGGUUUCCUGAUGAGCAAGCCCGACAUGAAGGCUCUGGGCGCGGCCCUGGACCUGGAGACGGACUCGUUGUACUUGAAGCGCCUUGGCCUCACGAUUCCCAUGAGUGAGACGGUGGCAGGCCACUACGAGAUCGAUUUCCUGAACCGGGAAAAGAAGGUGAAGAGGCAGGCGCACACGUCAUCAGUGCGCGUGCGGGACGUGGGGAGUCAGAGUCUCGACAAGGUGCACGGCUGGGAUGUGGACAAGGACGACGACUACAACGCCAUGUGGCAGCACAUCAUAGAGGACGAGCCGUACUUCGUGCACAUGUGCCCUCCAUGCCGGAAGUUGUCGAUCAUGCAGCAGUGCAUGCCCUUGGAUCGUCGGAAGGAUCUGGCACAGCAUUUCAGAGAUGUGAAGUGGUCGGUGAAUUUGGUACAUGUGGUCGUGGAGGUCGCGAUCUACCAGAUGGAGCGGGGCAGGCAUUUUGUCUAUGAGACCCCCCCGAGGUGCGCGAGCCUCCAGGUGCCAGUGAUGAAGCAGCUCCUGCAGACCCGAGGCGUGUACGUGGGCAUAGCGAGCGGCUGCGAGUUCGGACUGAGGUGCCCAGACACCCUGAAGUUGAUGCCUAAGAGCUGGGAGUUCGUGACGUCUGCGCCGGAGGUCGCGAAAGCGGUUCACCAGCGGUGUGGAGGAGGACACGAGCAUCAACAUACAGAAGGCAUGCUGAAGUGUGGGAUCAAGCGCACGGUGUUCAGCCAACGGUACCCCAAGAGGCUGGUAGAGGCGAUCGUGCGAGGCAUGCGACGACAGUGUCAGGUGGAGGCGUUCAGCUCGGAGGCCGCGUGCAAGGCAGUACAGGGAGAAGAAGAGGACGCAGAUGAGACACGCGAUGUACUACGUCGGCCUCACAGUUCGAUAGAGAGCAGCCUCAGGAAGUUGCAUGUGCAACUCGGCCACUGCAAGAACAACGUGCUGAUAAGACAUCUGCGACACGCACACGCCACGGAGCAGGCGAUCAAGGCGGCCAAUGAUUUCUAUUGUCCAGAAUGCGAGGGCAUGAAGUGCCCCAAGGUCGCUCGACACAGUACACCAGCGGAGACCCAUCUCCCUUUGAAGUACGUGAGCAUGGACUGCAAGGACUUGCCGAGCUGGAUCCCGGGCGAGCGGAUCACCUGCCUGGGCAUCAUCGACGAGACGAGCUCCCUGCACCAGGUGGAGCCAAUGAUCGGCAUGGCGGAGACGUCGAAGAACCUCAUGGAUGCGUUCGAGCGGGCGUGGAUCCGCCCCUACAUCCGUCCGAAGUGGCUGAAGGUGGACCCACAUCGGGCGCAGAUCAGCGACGAGUUCCUCAACUGGUGCGAGCGGCAGGGGAUCGAGGCAGAGCUGCGGACCAAGAUGGUGAACCUGGAGCACUACAGCGGCCAGAGGGAGAAGCAGAACAGGUUCCUCCAGGUCCAGAAGUUCCAGCACCACCACCUGUCGUACCAGAGCCAGGAGAGCGAGAACCUAAUGAUCAGCCAGCUGACGGAGAAGACAAACCCCCAGAGCAUCCCACCGGAGGGAGACGCGUGCAGGACGGUGAGUGAAGCCUACCAGCCGAUGGAGGGCCAGAUGGAUGAGAACCGCGAGGAGCAGGAUGAGGCCAAGCGUCCACGGCUGGAGGAGCAGACGACCAUCGACGACCCGUCCAGCAGCCAGCAGCAGUUCGGAGGUGUGACGUACCCUCCGAGUCUGCCGAGCCCACCGCUCAGGGACUCGGCGAAUGCACACCUGGCGAGAGAUGUGGAUGAAGACGUCAUCGUGAACGAGGUGGACGUUCUGCUCACGCAGGGCAGUAAGGAGAUCAACACCAAGGAAGACAAGUGGAAAUCACCCGAGGGCCUCGCGAUGAUUGAGAAGGCGUACACCAAGGAAAUGACGAGCUUGGUGCACGAGACCAAGGCAUGGAAGCCAGUGGACUUGGAGAAGUCGCGGCUGCUGAAGACCCAGGACUACACGCUGAAGGGCUACCACCCGGAGCAGCUUUUCGAGGUGGUCAACGGAUACGGCCUGGGAGACCAACCUCAGCAGUGGUGGCGCACGUUCGAGCGGUACAUGUUGGAGGAGCUGAAGUUCGACCAGCACCCCAUGGACCCGUGCGUGUUCCUGCUGAGGGAGCCCGUGACCCAGGAGAACGCCGGCCUGGUCGCCAAGGACAGGGUGUCGGUGAUACCGUACGCCACUGGUUCUGAGAGCGCACAGCUGCGUGGUGAGCCUGGCGCGCUGUGCGGCAUCCUUGGAGUGCAUGUGGAUGAUCAGAUCAAUGGUGGCCGUGGACAGCUGUGGGCCACUGCGAUGAAAAAGUUGCGAGCGAGGUUUCCAUUCAGAAAGUGGGUGACAGGGAGUGGGGAGUUCACAGGAUCGGUCCUCACUCAGCGAGCUGACUACUCGAUCGCCCAGUCGCAGUCAGAAUACACGAAGGGGAUCACACCCGCGAAGACGAGGAAAUCAGCUCGGCCCGAUGAUGUAGCCCUGCCGUCGGAAGUGCACAACCACAUUUCGACUACGCAGCAGGGGAACUGGCUGGCAGGACAGACGAGGCCAGACCUGAGUUGCCAGAUUUCCUUCUCCCAGCAGAUCAUGCCUCACCCGACGGUCGGCCAGAUCAGACGUUCGAAUGCGUGGGUCAGGAGGGCGAAGCAGUUUCACGAGAUCUCGGUGACUUUCCAGAGUAUUGUUCCAGAACGUUUGCGUUUCGUUUGCCACUCGGACUACUCCUCGAAGGACCUGGACGGGACGGGGAGGACACAGGGCGGGUACAUCAUAGGUGCGACGGACCCCUCCAUGGCAAAAGGUCUCUUGGCCCCCUGGUGCCCUCUGGUCUGGAAGUCCCAAAAGAUCAAACAAGGGUGUACGUCGACACUGGCAGGAGAGAGCAAGCUCCUGAAGGCGUCUCUGGGCCACCUGGAGUGGAUCAUGUGCUCGUUCGCGGCCACCCUGUACCCCGCGUUCUGCCUAGAAAAUCGGGAUCGGUAUUCCAGGAAGUUCUCGGCGAUCAGCGUUAUCGAUUGCAAGUCGGUGUUCGACCACGUGACGAAACCUGGGGCCCCCACAGGACUCGAUGACAAGAAGGCCUCCAUAGACAUAGCUAUCGCCAAAGGGAGCCUCCGAAGGUUUGGUGGUACUCUUCGCUGGGGCCCGACGGAGCUCAUGUUAGGAGAUGCGUUGACAAAAGAUAAAGCAGAAGCAGCAGAUGUACUACGAGCAUGUAUGAGGGCAGGAGCGUACCAGCUAGCCGACGAGUCCGCCUGGGCCAUGGUGAAGUUCGAGGCGACGGGCAGCGACGAGCAGGCCAGGGCAUUUCUGCUCGGGCUGGUGGACGUCUACCCGGACGUGUCGUCCUACGUGGAGUCGGAGGCCAGGGUCAAGGUGAGGGUGCCAGCCAAGACGCUCCUGGGCGCCGUGCAGGCGAAGAAGGGCAACACACCGGUGACGCUGCAGUACGUGGCCAACACCGGGAACAUCCAGGUGAUGACGGGAGUGGCACUGGAGGACGAGAUUCGGGACAAGUGCAAGGUGCUGGAGAGGGCGUACGCUUCAUGGCAGCGAGCACCGCUCGACCAGAAGCCGAAGUUGGAGAUCAAGUCGCCGGCCACGGAGUUCUUCCGCAGCAACACGGUGAAGGCGAGCAAGAAGGAGAUCGAGCAGGACGGCGACGAGAAGAUCACGCUCCCGGACGACGAGGGAUACUCCGAGGCGAUGGACGCCAUCCUCGAGAGCGUCGGGUGGUCUCUUUCCGAGUACCCGGUGAUGAGAGACAGGAUUCUCAAGACGUUGCAGAUGUACGUGCCCGACGGGGAGGAGGAGACCUCUCCAAAGCGAGCACAGGCGGUCGGUGAAGACGAUGAUGGCACAGGCGACUGGCAGAUGGGUGACAGUGUGAAGGUCAGAAAGUGA